ACUCUCUCCCACUCUCUCCCUCAGACUGAGAGUGUCCACUCCACGGCCCCCAUUACUGGGAUCCAGUCCUUUUUGAGCCUGUUCAGUUCUUAUGAGCAACGCUCUUCACUCCAUCUUGGCAACUUGUGGCACUGAAGUUUAUAUUCUAAAGCGGUGAUUUUGAUGCGUCUCGUGUUUUCGAUUGGGUGUUGGAGUGGGCUAGAACGUGUUUUCUGGCACCGGGCUGUGGAAUAGUAAUGUGAGGGAAACCAUGGUCUCGGUGCUGGGAUGAUUGACGAGCAGUUGACAAGACGACUCUUGCGAGAUUGUGUAGAGGAUACUGUCUGAGAGUUGUUGAUAGUAACGUCGAGGGCUGGUGUGUCUGUGGGGUUGGGAGGAGGUUGACGGUAACGAAAUGUUGUCUGUUGGAUUCUGGAGGUAUACCGUGGAAAACGGAAUGAGGGAUAAACUGAAAGCUGUGUGGAAGGCAAGAGCGAGGUGACCUUGAGAAGCGACUCAUUGAAUGAAAGGAUUAUGUAGCAUUGCAGGUUUCGAGCUGGUGCUCAAUCUGAGCAGCCGCUACAGGGAAGUAAUUGGCUUUCCUGCAGGCCCAGUGACAUGACCAAGCAUUAGUUCGCGGAGCUAAUAACGAUAGUCUGGCGUGGGUAUACUUGCCGCAUGUUUGCUUCUGAAGUGCCGCUUGCGCGCAAGCAAACCUAGGAGGGAACUUGGGACAGUGUUUUUGAAAAGCUUCUUGACUUUGAAAGAGAUUCGCAUCAUGUUGUAUUCUCAAAUUUUGCGAAUUUUGACAUUUGCGCUGAAUAUCCGACUUUUGGCGAGUUUUUCUUCGGCUCUUAUUGGUACGUAAUCUAAGUAUCAACGGAAGAUGGCGGCCUGGAAACGUGAAAGCGUUGUUUCUGUGUUCGCCACGAAUGAGAGUGCUGCGAUUGGGGUGUGUGAUGUGACUCCUGUGCACGAGACGCCACUGUGGCGAUAUGUCAAGCACGAACAAAAUACCCUGGCGUGGGUUAGUCUCAUCGUUGUUACGUUUCUAUUAUCGAGGAGAUUGUGUUCCGUGUUGCGGUUGUUGAUUCUGGGAUACCGUCUUCCUGGUCCUCGAGCCCGAGCGUUUGAUGGGCGAUCCCAGUGUCUCUCCAAAGCUCAAACUCCUCAGAUGCUUCAAGAACUUCUGGCUAGGCUUCACCAAGAGCACGGCCCACUGGUGAAGGUAUGGACCGGCCCUGCGCAGUUGCUGGUGUCUGUGAAGGACGUUGACAUUUUGCAGCACGUGUUUGAGCGAGCUCAUGAUCGCGUUCCAGUCCUUCGGAUGGCGUUGCAGCUUCUUUACGGUCGACGAAGCCUGUUUACCUCCAACUACUCGAAGGCGUCACAAUCACGGAUGAUGGUGGCUAAAGAGAUCAAUGGUCUAGUUUUAAGACAAGCGCACAUUUCAUCAAUCGAGGUAGCUGAAAAAAUGACGCAGUUGGGGGGCUUGUCGAAGAAUGGUUGCCAUGAUUUGGAUUGCAUGACCUUCUCAAAGCUGAUGGCUUUCGCAGCACUAGGCACAUCGCUUUAUGGUGACGGGUACAUGAUCUGGCCGGUCGCCCGUGAGUUUGAGAGGGUGAUGAUGGAAGUGAUGGAGGCUCUUCCCAUUUGGAUGCGAUAUAGUGUGCCACCACUGUGGAAUGCAAAAUUUGUGGUGUUCUGGAAGCAAUGUUUGAGGCUCAGAGACUUGGCUAGAGAACUGGCCGCCCAUGGGAAUCAGACAAGCAUCCAGGAAUCAGAGGAUAGGGUUGAAGGUUUAAAUAUAUUGGGAAAGUUACUGGAAGAGUUUGUGAGUGUAUUAUUUUCAAGGAUGGGCAUGGGAAGCUCAACAGUUGCCGAGCCAGGAGCAGCAGGAAUGAUGUCUCAUGGCAGCCUAAAUACUGCGGGAGUCCUAUGCAACGUACUUGCUCAGCUUGCACGGCAUCCUCACAUUCAAACCAAAGUUCAUAAUGAGAUAUCGACCAUAAGUGGUUUCGAUAAGUCCCUCACAGAAACUGAUGUCCAAAAGAUGAUUUAUCUAAACGCAACUGUGCUGGAGGCUGCUCGUCUACUCCCGACUGUACCAUUCCUGCAGCGAUGCUCCGAUGAACACGAUAUUGCGUUGCUACCUGGAGUUGUAAUACCCGCGGGUGCGAUUCUGACUGCACCUAUUCAGCUUAUUCAACGUGACACAGUUUACUGGGGCGAUGAUGCUGCCAUCUUUAACCCUGAUCGUUUCUUGAAACCUCGUAGAAUCGCUUCGGGAGAAUUAGCUAGUGAACAAAAUCAAAAUAUCCCUCAUCCAUGUAACUUCACCAAAGAGCCUCUUCAACUGAAUCCUGCUUUCUUGGUGUUUGGCGCUGGUUCUCGUUCCUGCAUUGGGUCCAGCUUGGCAGUGAAGCAAAUCAGCAUCCUUGUGACCGUUAUCUUGAAGCGAUUCGAGCUGAAGGAGAAUUUUGAUAGCUCCGAUGCCAAAGCCUACGAAAACAUGAGCAGAUCACCACCAAGGCUCACCCUCUCCCCCAGAUGACAUCAUCAUUUAACUCUCAUUCUCCUUGCCGGAGAAUUUUUUCUGCCUACAGUGCCUGCAUGUACACAACUGCUUUUCCUCGCAUGGAAUGUGGACAAAAGAUCGCCACUUCAUCCACCAUACUGGAGAUGGGAAACAUCCACUUGAAUUAUACAUAUUGAUGGUGUGUAGUCCCUAAAAAGCAUUGAGAAGGGCACCUGAAGAGCAGGUUUUUUCACAUCCAAGAGAUGGCGACAACGUCCUGGCCUCUGGUCUGUGGGUGUGUGUUCUGUAGAAACCAUGCCGAAGCUUGUUUUUUUCUUUUCCUACGUCUUCUUAGCUCUGUCAUGUAAACUUGAAGAAAGACCUGUAUAAAUCUGAAAUGAUCAGUGAGAUGAGUUUUCGACAACUACUGGAGCAGCUCAUUCGUAUGUUUUAGAUUCCGUUGGGUUCUCCCUCAAAUUAGGGUUUUUCUUCGGGCCACUAUCUCUUUUGUGUCGCCAUUUUGAGUGUAUCUGUCUGAAAAGGAUAUAUCCACAGUGUCUAUGUAAUACACCAUGACGCUUGAUUUAAAGUUUUUACUCAAUGAAAUUGAGAACUCUGAUGUGCGUUCUUUAUGCA